CGGGCUCCGCUCUCGUAUGGGAUGUUUUUUAGCGUCCCUUGAAACAGAGGCAGAGUGAUACCUCCGAUGACCUCGUCCGACCACCCCUGCUACUUUCCCAUGAUUCCCCGCGUCAUCUUGUGUGCGAGUCUGCGGUUGUUUCAAACAUGGAGGAGAUGGAAAGAAAAGGUGCGAAGUCAGAGAGUAAAGAGAAACCACCGGAAGCCUGCUCAAGUGCAGCAGCAGUAGCGGAGCGUGGCCCGGGAGCAGAGAGGGAAGCCGGGGACGAUGGCGCAGAUACAACAGACGUCUGCUCGGAGAGCUUUGACCCUCUCUGGGCCCUGUACUCUCCGAGCGUGUCGCUACCCUUUCCGAACGUCAAGUGUUUCAACAACGUGGCGGCGUACGAGAGUUUCCUGAAGGGCGGCCGCGGCAGGGCCAAGCCGGAGAACGUGGAGAAGAGGCGGCGGAAGGCGACGAAGGGAGUGGCGGACCCGGAGCGCAUCGAGCGGCUCAGGAAGCUCAUGGUGAACAACCCGGUGCCGGAGUCGGGGGAGGGGGAGAGCGGCGGCGGCACGCCGCGGAGCAGGAGGAGGCAGAAGCCCCAGAAGAAUGUCCUGACUAGGAUGCCCCUGUGUAAAGGCAGUCCCCUGGGCGAGCUGUACCGAUGCGUCGAGGAGAGGGUGAGGGUCAAAGUUCACAUCCGGACCUUUAAGGGACUGAGGGGAGUGUGCUCUGGCUUCGUCGUGGCCUUCGACAAGUUCUGGAACAUGGCAAUGGUAGACGUAGAUGAGACGUACAGGGAGCCUCUGCUUGGAGAGGCAUUGUACCAUGAGAAAGCCCUCACCAUUUCACGGCUCUUUGAGAAGCUAAACCUUCAGGAAAGCUCAGGAGGUGAUGAACCAGCAGAGAAGCACGGAGCCCAGGAACAAGCCGGGGAGCCUCAGCCUGUAAACCCUGAAGCUUCCCGUCCGACCAGCAGGACAGAGUCCAUGGUCACAGCCAAACAGGAUAAAGUCUCGCUAAAGGCCCAGGGCCCCGGAGCCCAUCAGAAGAACAACUGUCAGAAGUACGGCAGGGUCCAUACUCGCCACGUCAAUCAGCUUUUCAUCCGGGGUGAGAACGUGAUCCUGGUGAACCCACAGCCACUCUGAUUUUUGUCUCCCGGACAACAAACACACGCUACAACGUUUUGACGCUGAACAUCUGUAAUAAUAGAUGUGUGUAGAGUAGGUGCCAGAGAGCUCUCUAUGAUUUCAUUAGAUUCUGAAGAAUCAAACAAGGAUUACUGUUAUAUCAUAUUGAUAUGGAGGAUUUUCUCUGGCGACCAGAGAAAUCAUCUUGGUUUUGAGAAAUAAAAACUCAGAUGUAAUUAUA